UGUGAAAAAAUAUUUGCUUGGUGUAUAUGAACAAAAACCAAACAUCAUAAAUAAAUUUCAUAGCAUUUGAUUGCAUUGCAUCGUAUCGUACGGCUUGAAAUUUACCUUUCUCUUUCUCUCUUACUCAUUUUUUCUGGAUUCUAAUUCAUUUCCAAUUCAAAUUUUUAAACAACAAAUAAUUAUGGCUAAAUUCAACUAUUUACCUGUCGAUGUUCAAGAAGAACUUCGAAACACAGCCAAUGCUAUUGUUUCAGUUGGCAAAGGUAUUUUGGCCGCUGAUGAAAGUACCGGAACAAUCGGCAAACGUUUCGCCGACAUUAAUGUAGAAAAUGUUGAACAAAAUCGUCAAGCAUAUCGGCAAUUAUUGUUCUAUAGUGAAGGCCUUGAACAAUAUAUUUCCGGUGUUAUAUUGUUUGAUGAAACUGUCUAUCAAAAAGAUGAUAAGGGUGUACCGUUUCCAGAAUUGUUGAAAAAGAAAGGAAUUAUCCCUGGUAUCAAAGUUGACACUGGUGUUGUCACAUUACAAGGUACCAAUGGUGAAUCAACCACUCAAGGUCUUGAUAAUUUGACAAAACGAUGCCAAGAAUACUAUAAUCAAGGUUGUCGUUUUGCUAAAUGGCGUUGUGUACUCAAAAUUGGCCAAGAUGAACCAUCUUCAUUGGCCAUUGUUGAAAAUGCCAAUGUUCUUGCUCGUUAUGCUAGCUGUUGUCAACAGGCACGCAUAGUUCCAAUUGUUGAACCAGAAAUCUUGCCAGAUGGUGAUCAUAAUUUGGAACGAUGCCAAAAAGUUACUGAAACUGUGUUAGCCGCCGUUUACAAAGCCCUCAAUGAUCAUCAUGUUUAUUUGGAAGGUACAUUAUUGAAACCUAAUAUGGUAACUCCCGGACAAAGCUGUUCACAGAAAGCCAGUCCACAAGAAGUCGCACAAGCCACUGUAACUGCUCUUCAACGUACAGUUCCGGCUGCCGUUCCUGGUAUUGUUUUUCUAUCUGGGGGACAAUCUGAAGAAGAAGCAUCAGUCAAUUUGAAUGCCAUCAAUCAAUACCAAGGCAAAAAACCAUGGGCAUUGAGCUUCAGUUAUGGUCGUGCAUUGCAAGCAUCUGCUUUGCGUGCUUGGCAAGGCAAACCAGAAAAUAUUGGUGCUGGACAAAAAGAACUUCUUCAACGUGCAAAGGCAAACAGUUUGUCCGCACAAGGACAGUAUACUGGCGGUAUCGUUGGCGCCGCUGCCGGUCAAGAUUUAUUUAUUAAAGAUCAUCAAUAUUGAAACAAAAUUUCAUUUUUUUUGGAUUCAAUCAUUUAAGAAUUGGAUUCUUUAAAUAUCCUGAAUGAAAACCGCUGACAAAAUUGAUGAACCAAAUAAAUCAACAACAUCAACAAAAUAUGAUUAAUCCUGAUUUUAUUUUUAAAAAAAUUUAGAUAUUCUAGUCUUUCUUUCCUUCUUGUCCAUUCGUUUAUAAUUUUAUCAAUGAAUUUUAAAUGAUUAAAAUAUGAUGCGAAAUAAAAAUUUAUUUCUUUA